GUAUCGAAUGGCCGGAUAUUCCGGACGAGAUGAGCUAUGAAGCAUACGAUCUAAUUAACCAAUUGCUCAACCGUACCCCAACUGCCCGUCCGAGUUUAGGGCAAAUGAAGCAACACCCCUUCUUCCAUGACAUACAGUGGGAUAAGUUGCUGCUUUCUCCCGGCCCGUUUAUACCCAGCCCCGGGGACGGUGAAGAUACGAAGUACUUCUGUGUUCGUGAAGGUGAGGCGUCUGGCGCGGGGGAUCAACCCACGCGGUACUCUAUGGUAGACAACGCCCCAAGCACACCUCAAGAAGACACCGAUGUGAACGACGAUAAGAUGGAAGUCGACGACAUCGCAGAAGUGGCUAACAUUGAUGCCGGCAUUUUCAACUCGUUUGAUGAGAAGGUUGCCCAUAACCUACAAGGCAUGAACGGGCAAAUGGUGAAACACAUACGGCAACGUCGUGCACAGUCCUUGGCUUCGGUCAAGAACCGCAACAUCAAGGAAGACGACGCCAACCCAUCCCACAUCACUUCGGUCAAGAGAACUGUAUCCUCCCAGCAUCCGGGAAUGAAGAUGCCGGUUCUACCAGAUUACGGGUUAUAGUGUGUGCAAUGGUCUGUAGGUUUGCAGACUAUCAGGCACUCACCGGCUGUACCCCGUAUCUCAGCGUACGCGCCUAUAGUUCAUAGCACGCGGUGUGUUCAUGCAAAACACACUAUACAGAGAAGGCUCACAACCCGUGCGACAGAGACGUAUGAUCUGUGGCCAGGCCACGUGUGCGUGUGUGACUAUAACUUGUCCACGGUAAUAGCUAGCAUAUGCAGUAUACGCCCUACAAUGUAAGGUAGCUGGGGAGAUCUUUAAUACUUCGGUGAAUGUCGGCCCCCGGCUUCGAAGUACAUCACAUCCGCAUCUGUAAACCUGGCUGCAAAUACGCUCGCUCUGAAAGCCGAGCGUACGCUUCACGUACCGCCAGGAUGUUUGCAAUCGAUUAUUCAGCACAGGCUCAGACCUACUGAACCCAUUACCAUGUACGGUCGAAUCCGUGCUGGUUACGGAAUCGUACCUGUUAGGGUGUACAUGUCAGAAUAUAUUUAUGCAAUUCAGAGUGGCGGCUAGGGUCGCUGUGCAGAGUCAAAGAAUUGUUGACUACAGGAUAAAAAAUUAGGAAGUGAAUAAGC